GGAGUGCGUGUGGAGCUCACAGUAUGGGAGGUCUGUUUAGCUGCUGGUCACAUUGUCUCACAUUUACCCCGACGUUAUAGUCAGUCUGUUCGACUGAAAAAUCAGCAGUGAUUUGGCAGAUCAGAUUCCUUGAACCACCAGAGUCAUUUGAUAGUUUCCACUCCACAAUCUAUCAACAUGGAUGUAUCAGAUGGAAACAAAUGCUAUCAGUUUCCAAAGGACUUUGCAUGGGGUGCAUCUACUGCAGCUUACCAGGUUGAAGGAGGAUGGGAUGCAGAUGGGAAAGGCCUCAAUAUCUGGGAUACAUUCACCCAUCAGGGAGGAGAUCGAGUUUUCAAGAACCAGACUGGUGAUGUUGCUUGUGGCAGCUACACUCUGUGGGAAGAAGAUUUGAAAUGCAUCAAACAGCUUGGACUGACUCAUUACCGCUUUUCUAUUUCCUGGUCACGUCUGUUACCUGAUGGGACGACAGGUUUCAUCAACCAGAAAGGGAUUGAUUAUUACAACAUGGUAAUUGACAGUUUAUUGAAAAAUAACGUGGUUCCAGUGGUGACACUGUAUCAUUUUGAUAUGCCUCAAGCUGUAGAAGAUAGAGGGGGGUGGAACUCUGAAGAAACAGUUGCCAUCUUCGAGCAAUAUGCCCACUUUUGCUAUAAAACAUUUGGAGACCGGGUCAAACUUUGGAUUACAAUUAAUGAACCAUAUAUUCUUGCUAAAUAUGGCUAUGAAGAUGGUGUUUUUGCUCCUGGUAAAAGCAAGAAAGGUUUUGAAGUUUAUCAAGUAGCACACAAUAUGAUAAAGGCACAUGCUAAGGCCUGGCAUGCAUAUAACAAUUUUUUCAAAAUCGAACAAAGGGGACUUGUGUCCAUUGCUCUUUAUUCUGAUUGGGCAGAACCUUUUGACCCAAACUCUACUGAAGAUAAAGAAGCCGCUGAACGUUAUUUAGCCUUUCAUCUUAAUUGGUUUGCCAAACCAAUAUUUGUUGAUGGAGAUUAUCCUGAAGUAAUGAAAGCUGAGAUUUCCAAUAGAAGCAAAGAGCAAGGUCUGAAAUCUUCUAGGCUUCCAGAAUUCACAAAUGAAGAGAAGACCAUGAUCAAGGGCACAGCUGACUUCUUUUGCCUUAACUACUACACCACGCGAAAAAUAAAAUGUCCUUCUUCUGAGAAUGUUCCAAGCUAUGAGUCAGACAGGGCAGCAGAAGGCCUAAAGGAUCCUGACUGGCCAAUUUCUGGUAUCGAGUGGUUAGCUGUGGUUCCAUGGGGUCUUCGCAAGUUACUGGGAUAUAUUAAGGACACAUGUGGCAAUCCAGCUGUUUAUAUUACCGAAAAUGGAUUUGCGCAGAGUGAUCCACCAACUUUCCAGGACUUGCAAAGGUGGACUUACUUUCAGGAAACAUUGACUGAAGUUUUAAGAGCCAUUACACUGGAUGGAGUCAAUGUUAAAGGAUAUUUUGUUUGGUCCUUGAUUGACAACUUUGAGUGGACGUCGGGAUAUAGUGUCAGAUUUGGGCUGUUCCAUGUCGAUUUCAAUCUUGCUGAUCUUCCAAGAGUUCCAUACCAUUCAGCAAUUGAAUAUUCUAAAGUUGUUAAAAGAAAUGGAUUGAUUUCCCAAGAAUAGUCUUUGACAGCAUCAUCAAAUAAUUAAUGUUAUCUUUUAUCACAUCAAAGUACAGUUAAAACAUGUACUUUUUUCAGUGAGACAAAGUUUGCAACAGGAUGAUAUCUUCA